CUCUUCACUACACACACACACACAACGGCUUUUUUCCCGCUCCGAUUGGUUCGGACGAUCUCUCGCUUUGGUGCCAUGGCAAGCGAGGCAGCGGAGCGUUCGGGUGAAGACUCGUCCGGCUCCGUGCCCUACGGCGAUGGCCCAGAGUAUUGGGACCUGAGAUACAAAGUUGACUCGGAGCCCUUCGAUUGGCUGCGGGACUUCUCCGAGCUGAAGGCCCACAUCGAAGCCUGCUGCCCCCGUUCGGGGGAUAUCCUGAACGUCGGCUGCGGGAAUAGCCUCCUCUCAGAGGAGAUGUAUGAUAAUGGCUACCACAACAUCGUGAACAUCGACUGCUCCUCCGUGGUGAUCGCGCUGAUGAAGGAGCGGAAUGCUUCCAGGCCCAGCAUGGCGUGGCAGGAGAUGGAUGCCCUCGAGAUGACCUUCGAGGAGAACAGCUUCGACCUCAUCCUGGACAAGAGCACCAUGGACACGUUCGCCUGUUCCGAGGAACUUGCACAGAACAUCAUCACCUACCUCAUGGAGGUCUCGCGAGUGUUGCGCACCGGGGGCACCUUCCUGGUGAUUUCCUACGGCCCGCCGGAGACGCGGCUGGACUUUCUGAAGCUCUCGCACCUGAAGCUGGAGGUGGAUGUGAUCACCCUGCCGGCUAAAGAGGGGAAGAAGGAGCACUACAUGUACAGGUGUACCAAGCAGCAGCACGUGAAGAAACGCCUUCCGGCAAGCUGAGAUGAGCUCGCCCAAGUCAAAAUUCAGGUCCUGAGC